CGCGUGAUAUCCCUCCGCGGGAGAGGAGCGCGCGGCCCUUUCCCUCGCGACAACAGGAUGCGAACGGGCGGCGGUGAAGCUACGACACGUUAACGGCCGUGAACACUUCCCGAGAGAGAAAACACCGAGCCAGCACCGGGGAAACUCCCGCCUCUUCACACCGACAGAGAACCGCCCCGAGGCCGCAGCACCGACGGAGCUCCGUGGAAGAAAAUAAUCCGCUGAGGGCGCUGCGCGGCAACCGAACCUGUCAGCUACCGACCGACCGACCGGGAGAGAGAGCGCGAGCACCGGGGACAGAUGGAGCUCAUCACGAUCCUCGAGAAAACCGUCUCUCCAGAUCGGAAUGAACUGGAGGCGGCACAGAAGUUUCUGGAGCAGGCGGCGAUAGAGAACCUGCCCACCUUCCUGGUGGAGUUGUCGAAGGUGUUGGCGAACCGGAACACUCAGGUUGCUCGAGUCGCUGCUGGUCUGCAGGUGAAGAACUCUCUGACCUCCAAAGACCCCGACGUCAAGACGCAGUACCAGCAGAGAUGGCUGGCCAUCGACGCCAACGCUCGCCGCGAGAUCAAGAACUACGUUUUACAGACGCUGGGCACGGAGACGUACCGACCCAGCUCGGCGUCGCAGUGCGUCGCUGUCGCCUGCGCAGAGAUCCCCGUGAACCAGUGGCCCGAGCUGAUCCCGCAGCUGGUGGCCAACGUCACCGACCCCACCAGCACCGAACACAUGAAGGAGUCCACGCUGGAGGCCAUCGGAUACAUCUGCCAGGACAUCGACCCGGAGCAGCUGCAGGAGAACGCCAACCAGAUCCUGACCGCCAUCACAGGCAUGAGGAAGGAGGAGCCCAGCAACAACGUCAAACUGGCCGCCACCAACGCCCUGCUCAACUCGCUCGAGUUCACCAAAGCCAACUUCGACAAGGAGACGGAGAGACACUUCAUCAUGCAGGUGGUCUGUGAAGCUACACAGUGUCCCGACACCAGAGUGCGUGUGGCGGCCUUACAGAACCUGGUGAAGAUCAUGUCUCUGUAUUAUCAGUACAUGGAGACGUACAUGGGUCCAGCUCUGUUCGCGAUCACCAUUGAGGCGAUGAAGAGUGACAUCGAUGAGGUGGCGCUGCAGGGGAUCGAGUUCUGGUCCAACGUGUGUGAUGAGGAGAUGGAUCUGGCCAUCGAGGCCUCGGAGGCCUCGGAGCAGGGCCGGCCCCCGGAGCACACCAGUAAGUUCUACGCCAAAGGGGCCCUGCAGUACCUGGUCCCCAUCCUGACCCAGACCCUCACCAAACAGGACGAGAACGACGACGACGACGAUUGGAACCCGUGCAAGGCGGCCGGCGUGUGUCUGAUGCUGCUCGCCACCUGCUGCGAGGACGACGUGGUCCCUCACGUCCUGCCGUUCAUCAAAGAGCACAUCAAAAACCCCGACUGGCGCUACAGGGACGCCUCCGUCAUGGCGUUCGGAUCCAUCCUGGAGGGACCUGAGCUCAACCAGCUCAAACCACUCGUCAUACAGGCGAUGCUGACCCUGAUCGAGCUGAUGAAGGACCCCAGCGUGGUGGUGAGGGACACCACGGCGUGGACGGUGGGGAGGAUCUGCGAGCUGCUGCCCGAAGCCGCCAUCAACGAAGUCUACCUGGCCCCCCUGCUGCAGUGCCUGAUCGAGGGCCUGGGGGCCGAGCCCAGGGUGGCCUCUAACGUCUGCUGGGCCUUCUCCUCUCUGGCUGAAGCUGCGUACGAAGCCACGGACGCCGCGGAGGACCAGGAGGAGCCCAGCACCUACUGCCUGUCCUCCUCCUUCGAAAUCAUCGUUCAGAAACUCCUCGAGACCACAGACAGGCCCGACGGUCACCAGAACAACCUGCGCUCUGCAGCCUACGAGGCUCUGAUGGAGAUCGUGAAGAACAGUGCGAAGGACUGUUACCCCGCCGUGCAGAAGACCACGCUGGUCAUCAUGGAGAGACUGCAGCAGGUCCUACAGAUGGAGUCUCACAUCCAGAGCACGUCGGACAGAAUCCAGUUCAACGACCUGCAGUCGCUGCUGUGUGCCACUCUACAGAACGUCCUGCGUAAGGUGCAGCAUCAGGACGCCCUGCAGAUCUCUGACGUGGUCAUGGCGUCUCUGCUCAGGAUGUUUCAGAGCACCGCCGGCUCCGGGGGCGUCCAGGAGGACGCUCUGAUGGCCGUGUCCACGCUGGUGGAAGUUCUGGGCAGCGACUUCCAGAAAUACAUGGAUGCCUUCAAACCUUUCCUGGGAAUCGGACUGAAGAACUACGCCGAGUAUCAGGUGUGUCUGGCGGCGGUGGGUCUGGUGUGUGACCUGUGCAGAGCUCUGAUGUCCAACAUCCUGCCUUACUGUGACGAGAUCAUGCAGCUGCUGCUGGAGAACCUCGGGAACGAGAACGUCCACCGGUCUGUGAAGCCUCAGAUCCUGUCUGCGUUCGGAGACAUCGCUCUGGCCAUCGGAGGAGAGUUUAAGAAAUACCUGGACAUCGUCCUGGACACGCUGCAGCAGGCGUCUCAGGCUCAGGUGGACAAGACGGACUAUGACAUGGUGGACUACCUGAAUGAGCUGAGGGAGGGCUGUCUGGAGGCGUACACCGGCAUCAUCCAGGGCCUGAAGGGGGACCAGGAGAACGUGCACCCUGAUGUGAUGCUGGUCCAGCCUCGCGUGGAGUUCAUCCUCUCCUUCAUCCAUCACAUAGCCGAGGACGAAGAUCACUCUGACGGAGUCGUGGCCAACGCCGCCGGGCUCAUCGGCGAUCUGUGCACGGCGUUUGGUAAAGACGUGAUGAAGCUGGUGGAGGUUCGUCCGCUCAUCAACGACCUGCUGACGGAGGGACGGCGCUCCAAAACCGCCAAGACCAAGACCCUGGCCACCUGGGCCACCAAGGAGCUCCGCAAGCUCAAGAGCCAGGCCUGAUUGGUGCCGGCGGGGACAAGAGAGCGAGAGAUCAGAGAGAUGGACAUCAGAGGACAAUGAGGACAAACUGCCCCACUGGAAUUAACUCUUCUGUCUUUGUCGCGAGCGUCCGGUCGAAGCAGAAGUGAGCUGAAGUGUGAGCUGAGCUGAGUGUGUGUGUGAGAGAGAGAGACGUGUGAGCGAGCGAGAGAUGAUGUUCCAGCAGGCGACGACUCCCCCCCUCCCCCCUACACCCCCCCCCCCCCCCCGCCCGGCCCGGGGGCUUGGACUCUGACUCCCCCCUCCUCCCCCCCAAAUCAAAAACACCUUCAAGCCCUCCUCCCACAAUCCACCUCUCUCGCUGUAGCCGGGCUCUCCUGCGACAUCACGAUGACGUCACCGACCCGCCGCCGCCCCUCGAGCCGGGGGGAGGGGGGGGAGGAGGGGAAAUAGAAACAAACACGACGAGAAAAUAAAAGACUUUUGUGGAAUCAAAGAUAAAACCCCGAGCGGACUUUGUGGACUUCUGUGGAAAACUUUAGAUUUUUGUUGCUCUUAUUUUUCUUCUUCUUCAACCAGCGAAGGAGAUCUGACGGACGCCGCCACCUGCUCCGUCUGCAGCGCGCCACGCUCUUACCCAAACAACAGCACUAAAUUCCUACAAAAUAAAAGUCAGAAAAUCCCGACGAGGAAUCCUCCGAGGAGCGAGUGCCAAAUGGAAAUAGUUUAGCGGAAAACAAAAGGAAGUGAGCUGCUGGUGAAGCGUUUUGGUUUGAAUUCGCCGCUGCACUUGUUUUGGGAACGGGUCACUCACCAUUUUUGCUUGUUUAAAAAAGAAAUUCAGAUUGAAGACGUUUGUAUAAGGUUAUAUUUUUCCAUUGCUAUGAUGAAAAUAAAGUAAAAAAAAAAAACAAUAAAAUGAUCUGAAACAUUCCCCAAGCAGUUCUGGUGAUUUGGGUCUCUUCUGUCGUCUGUCGGACUCCUGGACUGAUGACGCGUUUCGGACUCUGCUGAUUGGAAGCUCACCUGUCGGUUUGUUUACGCGACGCCACAAAGAACCAUGAUUCUCCUUGUUUUUCUGUUUUUUAACUCACUCGGUGGCUUGUGUGGUAGCAGCAGCUGACGGGACUUCUGUCGGGACGUUUUUUUAGUUUGUGGGCUGCAGAAACCUGCGAGCGCGCUCAGUGGCGUCUGCCCGCCUCGCUCCGGGUCUGACCACCUCACUUCCAGUCUGUGACCUUCAUCGACAGACUGGAGGAAGCGCUCUUAGCGGGAAACCACUUCCUUUUCCUCCAGCUGGAAGUGAAGUGUCCCCAGCCGCGGAGAGCUUUUAUUUUGUAGAGGUGCGGCAGCUGUAGGGAGGAGGUACUUCCUGUGUUGACGUGAUGAACCUGGCGACUCGAUUAUUUCUGAAUUGUGAAUCAUUUAAAGCCAAUCUGCUUUUUAUUUCAUAUUCAACUUUAGUGAACUAAUAAAGUCUAUAUUGUACUGAA